AUGGAUCUCCCCGAUUAUAGUAGCAUCAUCCAUUCACCUUCCUUUACCUUCCUCGUUGGCCCAAAGCAUACCAAAUUAACGAUCCAGUCGGGUCUCGCUCAACAUGUCUCUAAGCCGCUUCAUAACCUGAUGAACAACGGGCAUACCCGGGAGUCGAAGCAUCGCAUCGCGGUUUUGGAGGAUGAGGACGUCGAGACUUUUGUUGCAUUUUGUGAAUAUGCAUACACAGGAGACUAUAAGGUGCCUCUUCUGCCGGCACCACGCGAAGAUAUCCGAAAAGGUGUAGUCGAGAACGCACUGAGCCCCGCGAACUCUUGGAGAGGAACAUAUCGCUCAGAAUCAGUCUCGUCGGCUGUGCCACCACCGGCUCCCUCGCCGCCAGAGUCUGUCAGAGCAUCUGAGACGACAGCCCUAUCACUAGCACCAGCACCAGCACCAGCACCAGCACCAGCACCAAAAUCGGCGCCUGCCGAGCCCGAACAAGAGCCGAUACCUGCUAUUGAGGAAGACGGGGCCGAAGAAGCAGCGCCAGAGGCAGAGGCGGUGGAACAAAGAGUCGCAGCAGAAGAGGAUACAACGAACGCCGAGGCUGUCGAACCAGUCAAGAGUGAAGAAAUUCCACUUGAUCAAGGCCAGGAUACCGAUGCACCUGCUCCUGAAGAGGACGCGGUCGAGGCAAACCCAGAGGCAAACCCAGAGCCAACAGCCGAUGCUGGACAAUGGGGAUCUCUGGAAGAAGCACCCCAAGAUGUAUCUUCCAAGAAGAAGAAAAGCAAAAAGGGUAAGAAACUCGCCAAAAACUACAAGCGUUUGGAACAAGACCUUUGGACCGAGGAGCCCGUUACUCACUUGACGCCACCAUCAACACCCCCACCAACCAACCCUAUCGAGGUGAAUGGUCUUCCCGAGGAUGCCCCGCCAGAACCAGAGUCAGAGCCAGAGCCAGAAGCAGAAGCAGAAGAAGCAGCUGAAGCCGAACCAACUGCCGAGUCUGAGGAGAAGGAAGGUGAACCGAAAGCACCUGCAGAUGAACCAUCUACAGAGUUCGAGGCAGAGCCCACUCCGGAAUAUUGGGAGCAGCCUGCAUAUCCAGAGGAUGACGGACAGACCCCCGGGGAUUCCUGGGCCGAUGAUGAAGUGGAGGAGCAGAAUGACACCCAACCUUUCAAGCCGGUCAUCGACAUGUCCUUCGCCAAACAGCACGACUCAUCACCUCGCACGCCAGGCCUUAGCCUAUGGGACGAAUUCUCCGCUCUGCAAUACAACAACGAAAAACAGACCUCCCAGCCAACAGUCGACUCCCAUACCACCGACCUCCCAUACCUGACCUUUCACGCCAAAGUGUACGUCUUCGCCACACGCUACCUUAUCCCGGCCCUAGCCCAACUGUGCCUUGGAAAGUUGCAUCGAAACCUUCUGCAGCUCUCUAUGGCAGACACACAAAACGUGGAUCCCUUUUCGGGCCAGAAUCUAGGCGUCUUGGCUGCGUACCAAGCGCCGAUGGUCCUUGAUCUGUUGCGUUACGCCUACACCAGGACAACCCGACUUGAACCGAUCAACCCCACGUCCGCAACACAGCUUCGGGAGAACGAGUUGCGACGACUGGUGGUGCACUAUGCAGCCUGCAAAGUGAAGGAUCUGGCGCAAUAUCACUCGCCCGGAGACAGUGAAGCGGCAACGCCCACGCUCCGGCCCGUGGAUAAGGUGGAGCGGGCCAAGCACUCUGCGCCGACGAGUCUCCGGGCCCUGCUGGAUUUAACGCCGGAGCUGGCCUCUGAUCUUGUCUAUCGCAUGAUGUGA